AUGCCCGAUGAGUUGAUCACAUGCAAACUUGCAAUUAUCACAACAGGAACAGCGCGUGCCUGGUACCAGAGCAAAAAGAAAACCCUUCUUAAAGCAAGCUGGGAGGAGUGGAAGAAAGCCAUUAAAAAGGAUUUCGGAACACCACUAUGGAGACGUCGAAUGGCAUCAGCCUUCGAGCGCGAUAAAUUCAGAAACGAGUAUAGAUCUAGGUCCAAUUCUUGGCUGCUGACACAGCGUAAGAGAAUGGAAGCAGCUUGGUCGUUCCUAGAAACAUCCGAACAUAUAGACAAAAUAUUGAGUCUGUGCGGCGGGGAAUUGGAACAUGCAGUUCAAUCGAGAAUUAACGAUAAGACAAGUUUUGAAGAAUUCAUGAAUAUUUUUGAAGAGAUAGUAACAACGACCUCCAUUGGAAAAUUGGCAGAGAAACCUAAUAACCUGAGAGUUACCUUUAGUAACAAUAAAGAGUCGAGAAACCCUUUUUCAAGAGAUGCAACUAAAGACCCAAGAAGCUCUCCAUCGAGAGAUUUUAAGACAAGAGACUAUAGCCAAAACAAGUUUGCCGGAAGUGAUCGGAAUAAUACUUCCAAACUUCCCUUUAGGAAUCGAGAAGAUCGACAAGGAUACAGUAGGAAGCCCAUCAAUGCAGUAAACUGUGACAAAGAACAAUACGAAUUCAAGGACGGACCUCCUUCAGAGGACGAAAAGUCGGUACAAGAAUCAGUACGGGAUGAUACAACAGACGAAGGAGAAGAUUUCUGCGUAAGUAAUAUAGAUAUGUCUCGAAGGGAACCUGAGGACGAUGAUACAAACGAAGAUCCAGAAGAAAUCGGAAAUGUUACACACGUAACACAUGGAAUAUCUCUUGAAGCAUUAACAGAUAACAUACAAGCUGCAUAA